AAUUCUCUUCUUUUGUCUGGCUUGUCUAUGAAUUAUCAAAUCAUUUCGAAGUCUGGAAAAUGGCUGCUGCAAAUAUUGCCCGCAGUGCUCUAAGAGGAUUAUUACGAAGCUCUACUACCAUUAGAACACCGGUAGUAUGCCGACUUUCAACAGUUGUUCUGCAGCAGAAGUUUAGUACAAUAAACGCUGCCCUUAAGGCGUACAACACCCAGUAUCUUCAAAAUGGGGCCCAGAAUAUCAGUGUCCGCAACUACAGCGGCGGGCCCCCACUCACAUUAGAACUUAUUAAAAGUAGGGUGCUACUUGUGCUUCAACUUUAUGACAAAAUUAAUCCUGAAAAGUUGAGUGUAGACUGCCACUUCAUGAAUGAUCUGGGCCUGGACUCCCUGGAUCACGUGGAGGUCAUAAUGGCAAUGGAAGAUGAAUUUGGAUUUGAAAUUCCCGAUGGGGAUGCGGAGAGGCUGGUUAGACCUAAAGACAUUAUCCAAUACAUCGCUGACAAAGAGGAUAUUUAUGAAUAAAUUGAGAAUAACAUUUAGCACUGUCUGCAAUUUAAGGCCAGUUGUACAUAAUGCCUGUUGAAAAUCCAGUUCUAGAUAAAUUACAGUUUUAGAAUACAACUGGCCUAAGAUGUAAAGGCAUUGAGCUUAGGGUUUAGUUUCAUUAUUUUACAUGUACAAUUCUAAUAAGAAUGAACAAUGUAAGUUAUGCUGAUCCACCACCCACAUCUGAAGAUGUAAAAAGUGUAAAUUCUGUUUUUAUUGAUUAUAUGCCUGUUAGAGUAGA